AUCUGGUCCAAGUGUUAUCAUUAAUGCAAAGACAAAACAAAGUAUAUACAGUUCAAUGUAUAUAAUAUAUAGCAACGUUUGUGACAACUUCCUAAAUCACCAUUGAGAUAAAGAAAAAGAAAAACAAGGCCAGAAUUUCUCAGAAUGAAGUCCUUGAUUUUCCCAAUUUCAUACAUGUUCCUUGGUUUCUUAUCAACUUGUUUAGGAAGAACUGCCAUCACUAAUAUCACAACUGAUCAGAUUGCUCUCUUGGCCAUCAAAAACCACAUUAUUACAUCUGACCCUCAUCACCAAAUUCUCUUCAGAAAUUGGUCUUUGAACGAGAAUCCUUCUGCAUCAUCAGUUUGUAACUGGAGUGGAGUCGCUUGUGGCUCACGUCAUCAUAGAGUCACCGCCUUGAAUAUUUCAUACAUGGGUCUUUCUAGUACCAUACCUCCGCAACUUGGAAAUCUCUCUUUUCUUGUUUCACUUGAUAUCUCCGGUAAUGAUUUCCACGGAGAAAUCCCAGAGGAAUUGUCCCGUCUUCGACGAUUAAAAGUUCUGAAUUUCCUCAUCAACAAUCUCAGCGGUCAAAUACCAUCAUGGAUUGGCUCCUUACAUGAACUAAGGUAUUUAGGUCUCAUGAAUAAUAGCUUCACUGGUAUUAUCCCACCUUCUAUCUCUAACCUUUCCAAUCUAGAGCAAUUAACUUUGGCAGGGAAUUCUCUUCAAGGAAAUAUCCCUAAAGGUAUAGGGAAUCUUGUUAAUUUGAGGGAACUAGAUCUUGAGGAGAAUAGAAUUUCGGGUCCUAUUCCUCAUGAAAUAUUCAACAUUUCCACACUUGAAGUUUUUGCUUUGACAAAUAACAAACUGUCAGGAAAUCUCCCAAUGUCAAUGUGCAACCGUCUUAAGAACCUCUACUGGCUGAAUCUAUCAUGGAAUAGAUUAAAUGGUAACAUACCAUCUAAUUUAUCCCAGUGUUCGGAACUUCAAAUGUUGUCUUUGUCUGUCAACCAAUUUGGUGGAUACAUACCAAAAGAGAUUGGAAGCUUGAACGCACUUCAACAACUUUAUCUUAAUUCUAACAAUCUGGAAGGUGUGAUACCAGAGGAGUUUGGCGAUCUUAGCAAUCUUGCAAUGCUCACACUAGAUAACAAUAGCUUAAGUGGUUCCAUUCCAAUUCGAAUUUUCAACAUUUCGACCAUAAAUAUGAUAUCCCUACCGCUCAACAACUUAUCCGGAAACCUUCCAUCACAUAUAUGUGGCAAACUCUUCAACCUAGAAUACCUUUAUCUUCAAUCAAACAACCUUCAUGGUGUUGUACCCGAAUCGAUUUCAAAUUGUUCCAACCUCAUAGAAGUUGACCUAAGUGAAAAUAAAUUUGUGGGUGGCAUUCCCAACACCCUUGGAAACCUUAGACUUCUUGAGUGGCUGGAUUUAGGCUCCAACUACCUAACAAGCAACUCUCAACCUUUGAAGCUUGAAUUUAUGGAUUCCCUAACCAAUUGCAAGUUCUUGAGAAUGUUAUCCGUGGGUGACAAUCUGCUUGAUGGUUAUCUCCCCAAGUCAGUUGGGAAUCUUUCGAGUUUUCUCGAAAACUUUUAUGUAGAAAUUAACAGAAUUAAGGGAAAAAUUCCAGAAGAAAUGGGUAAUUUAAGUAGGUUAACCAUGUUAAGUCUUGAAAAAAAUCGCUUAACGGGUUCAAUUCCAGAAACAUUUAAAGGUUUGCAGAAACUACAAGAGUUAUAUGCAAAUGAUAAUGAAUUAGAUAGGGCCAUGUUUGAAAAACUAUGCGAGUUGCCAAAAUUGGCACUCAUAUAUCUAAGUGGAAAUAAGAUUUUGGAGCCAAUACCAGAAUGCUUAGGCAAUGUUACUUCUUUGAGAUAUCUCCACUUAGGUUCAAACAAAAUAAAUUCCAUCAUCCCUCCAAACUUGUUAAACCUCAAAGACCUCUUGGAACUUAACCUCUCCAGAAACCUUUUGAGCGGCUCCUUACCUCCCGAAGUAGGGAAUUUGAAGGCUUCAGUGCGGCUAGAUUUUUCAAACAAUGAUCUUUCACUUGGCAUUCCCAACACAAUUGGAGGUUUGCAAAACUUGGAGUACCUAUCACUAGCAUUCAAUGGGUUGCAAGGUACAAUUCCAGAGUCUAUGGGUAAGAUGAUAGGUUUGAACUUAUUGGACUUGUCACACAAUAAUCUCUCCGGCACCAUCCCAAUGACAUUGGAAAAGCUAUCCUAUCUUGUGUAUUUCAAUGUUUCUUACAAUAAUUUGAGUGGUGAAAUUCCUUUGGAUGGUCCAUUUCAAAAAUUAACAAGUGAAUCAUUCAUGUCCAACAAAGCUCUUUGCGGAGCUCAAAGGUUCCAUGUCCCUCCAUGCCAAAGAACUUCACCCCAUAAAACGAGAGGCCACAGGAUGAUGAAGGUUUUAUUUGUUUUGCUUGGGUUGGCUUUUGUUGUGGGUGUCAUUGCCUUCGUAUGUGUUUACAUUCGAUUUGUGAGAAAAGGUAAAGUUCUAAGAAUGUCUGAUUCGGGAUUACUUGCAUCAAAAGAAAGGUUUAGUUAUUAUCAAUUAGCUCGUGCAACUGAUGGAUUUCAUGAAAGGAAUCUAUUAGGAAAAGGAAGUUUUGGAUCUGUUUACAAAGGUGUUAUUGAUGAAGGGAGGGUUGUUGCUAUUAAGGUGUUCAAUCUAGAAAUACAAGGAGCAUUCAAAAGUUUUGACACAGAAUGUGAAGUACUGCGUAAUCUUCGACACAUAAACCUCACAAAAGUUAUCAGUAAUUGCUCAGCCCCAGAUUUCAAGGCAUUAAUACUUGAAUUCAUGCCUAAUGGUAGUCUUGAGAAGUGGUUGUACUCUCAUGAGUAUUUUCUAAAUAUCAUACAACGGUUAGACAUAAUGAUUGAUGUAAGUGUGGCCGUGGAAUAUUUACACAAUGGAUAUUUGACGCCAGUGGUUCACUGUGAUUUGAAACCUAGCAAUGUAUUAUUGGACCAGGACAUGGUUGCACAUGUAAGUGAUUUUGGUAUUUCAAAAUUUAUGAGCCACGAGGAUAGCAUCACUUACACCCAAACAAUUGCUACAUUUGGUUACAUCGCACCAGGUAAAACAAUUUAAUUGUUACUCAAAAAGUUAAUUUACGAUCUUGUUAUUCAAAAUAAAAUUGUAAAGAAAAUAUAUUUUUAUGUUAAUUAAUUAAUCCAUAGGUUAAUUAUCGUGUGCAGAGUAUGGACUUGAAGGACUAAUAUCUCCAAAAUGUGAUGUGUAUAGCUUUGGGAUAAUGUUAAUGGAAGUUUUUACCGGAAAAAAGCCAAAUGAUGAUGCGUUUGAUGGAAAAUUCAACUUGAGGACUUGGGUGAAUGAUUCAAUGUCCUGUGGAUUUGCUGCAGUGGUAGAUACUAAUAUCCUAAGUGCAGAUGAAGUGAAUUUCACUCAGAAGAUGCAAUGUAUAUACUCCAUUAUGGAACUGGCCCUAAAUUGUACUCAUGAUUCUCCAAGAGAAAGAAGCAACAUAAAAGAUGUUGUUGUUGCACUUAAAAAAAUUAAACUUCAAAUUCUCAUGCACCAUCCAUGAGGAAAAGGUAUACUUCUAUCUUUUUCGCCUACGUAUGGUUUCAAUGCGAAGGUCUUUGCUUCAAAUCUGUUGCUGUAUUUUUGUUUCAUUCUUACUAUUUGUUUAGCUAUUUCAGAAAUUGCUGGAAAUGAUGUCAUAUUAUUUAUCAUUUUUUUUUGUAAAUUUCUAUUUUUUAAAAUUUCAUGUCUUUCGUUGAAAAUAUCCAUCAACAACUCGCACGCAUGAAAAAGAAUCUGAAAGAUCAAAAAUUACAAUUAAUUACAAACCUCAUACAAUUGUCAACAAAAAAAAAAAAAACAUUACAAACCUCAUACAUAUACAUGUAUAAGGAUAUAUCAAAUCCUUUUCAAAAAAAUGAUACUCUCUCCGUCCCAAAAAAAUAGUCCACUUUGAGUUUUAGAAUUUGUACGUACUAAAAACAGUACAAAAAUAAAAACUCAAUGUGGACUAUUUUUUGGGGACGGAAGUAGUAUAUCAGAUAAAAAGACGGUUGUAUGUUAAUCUGUUUAUUUAUUGUAUCGCAUUAGAACCUCAUACAUAUAGUAGAGUAUUUGAAAAAUAAAAUAAAAUUACAAACCUCAUACAUAUACAUAUAAUGAUUUAUGCUACAUAAAGAUGAAUUUUUUUGUGUGUUUGUUAAGAUUUUCGGUACAUAGCAUUUUUAAUCUUUUUUCUUCCUUUAACAUCCAUAUUUUUACACUCGAUUUUUUUUCACAUUUUUAAAUUCUUUAACAAUCCUUAUUUAUUAAAUUUUAGAAUUUAGAUUCACCCUAAAAUUCAUCUUAUUCAUUUCCACAUUUGUAUGUAAUUCCCAGAUGGCCAAAAAUUCCUUAAACACACUUUUUUUUUUUUCUCUCUUUUCUUGAAAAACUUCCCUCCAAGAAAAUGUAAUUAGAAAAGCAGAACGAAAAGGAAACGAAGAAAAAGGCGAUCAAGAAGCAAAACAGAGAGAUGAAACCGCCCACACGGAUUCAGGUCCUCCGUGGCCGAUCAGCCGCCGCCGGUCCCUCCAGUUUACUGACCAUGUUUCAAACCCGCGGCAGAAAAAAUAUCCCUGAACCCAAAAACAUGUGAAAAAUGGAUUUCUGUCACUAUUUAACGGUUAAAAUUAACAGAAUAAUCUGAAAUGGAUUAAAACUUUAGUAAGGUAACCUGUGUUACAAAUAAAUUUAAUUAAUGACCUAAAGUGGAAAUAUAUUAAAAGUUGAUGACUUGUUUUGAAGUUCACUUUUAUAAUUA